AUGAAUCUUAUAAUGGGUCUGUGUCAUUUUUUCAAGGAAUAUAGAUUUAUCACCAUCGGUUGUCUGAGACAUUAUUAUCUUUCAACUUUCAACCAAUAACUCAAAAAAAUAAAAUAAAUUUCGUUUUUCUUAAUUUGGAAUCGGUUAAAUUUAAAGUACCCAGUAUACUAUAAUUUUCUUUUGUUGUUGUCUGUCGAAAUGUCUUAAUUAAAUAUUGCGCAUUAAAGAUGAACGAUGGAUAUUUUGUGCAUAAAUCUACAACAAAAAUUGGUGCCUAUUUCGUUCAGAUUAUUAGCUUGCAGAAGGAACUAUGCCAGGUUGGCUGAAGUGGGCAGAUUGGAGACACCGAAGGUGACAGGCAAGUAUGAGACGGGGCAACUUAUUUUGCACAGGGUGUUCGGCUACAGAGGUGUAGUGUUAUUCCCUUGGUUAGCUCGGGUUUAUGAUAGAGACUUACCGCAGUAUAAAAAUGGAGAUGAAGAACCCAAUACUGGCGUGGGCAAAGAAGUACGUGGAAGGACCCACACAUUUUAUCAAGUCCUAAUUGAUCAAAGGGAUUGUCCCUAUAUUAGGGCUCAAACAGAAGCUGUGACGUUUCUGGGCAAUCAGGAAUCUUCACGUAGCUUAUAUGCUAUUCCAGGUUUAGACUAUGUUGCUCAUGAAGAUAUUAUUCCUUAUGUCAGUGCAGAAAAAACUCCUUUGCACCACGAAUUAUUUGACAAAUUUUUAAUCCCAAAUCCAAACAGGGAUCCGCCCUUUUCUGCCCAAGAUACUUUAAAAGCUUGGCAAAACAAGAACCAUCCUUGGCUCGAACUCUCUGACGUCCACAAAGAAACAACCGAAAAUAUCAGAGUUACAGUGAUACCAUUUUACAUGGGAUGUAGAGAGUCGCAUGCAAAUUCGGUAUACUGGUGGCGUUACUGUAUUCGCCUGGAAAAUUUAGGAAACUUAACUGUGCAGUUAAGAGAGAGACAUUGGAGAAUUUUUUCACUGUCUGGAACCUUGGAAACAGUAAGGGGAAGGGGGGUGGUGGGACAAGAGCCAGCAUUAACAAAAAUAUUACCAGCUUUCCAGUAUAGCAGUCAUGUGAGCUUGCAAGCUCCCAGUGGGCAUAUGUGGGGUACUUUUAGAAUGGAACGCGAAGAUGGCUACACAUUUGAUUGUCGAAUCCCUCCAUUUUCACUCGAGAGCAAACCCGAUAGCGGUUCCGCUUCUCCUCCUGAUACAGUUUAGCCCAUUAUGUUCAAAUGUAAAUACUCCGGAAAUGUAUAUAUUUACAGAUUAAUAACUUACUGUGGAUCAUUUGGUUUUAUUUCGCAGAAUCAAU